GUCGCCAGUCAGUGUUGGCACUUUGGAUCGUCGACGUCCGUUCAUCCGUCCGUCGAGCAGCUCCUGCAUACCGUUCGUGACUGCAGUUAACGACGCGUCGUCAUGUACUCCGGGAAUAACAAUUACCAGUACAAUCCGCAGUACGGCAAUCAGCCGCCUCCGCCUCAAGGCUAUCCGAUGUACGGUCCUCCGCCGCCUUACGGUGCCCCGCCAAUUACGCAGCAGCCACCCCCAGGUACGACGGUUUACGUGGUUCCCGCCCAGGAACAGCAACGGUCAACGGGAAUGAGUGCGGAGUCGGCACUUUGCUGCGGGUGUUGUUUAGGACUCUGUCUAGGGUGCGGACCUUGCGACCUCUGUUGCUGCUAGUUCCAAAUCAACGGGGGUAACAAGUGGUUGCCAACGACACAGUCUGUGCGAUGAUUAUACCGAUUUGUAAUAACCGACGAUGGAUUUAUCGACGCCUUGGGAAAAACGGAGCGGAUGUUGACUAAUUACCUUGCCAUGUAGGGAAAAUGUUGUCAAGAACAGUUGUGGACUCUUGUCAGUGUGUGAGAAUGGGUGUCAGUGUGGGUGAUUGUGCGCAGAGAUAAUGGAUUCUUAAGAUAUGUGAAACCUGUUGUAUAGAUAAAAGAAAUAAAAUUUUCAACCUCGAGUCUGGCGCGAUGAUGCGCAGUCCGGGCUAAUCGUGAAUAACAAGACGCUUAAGUGGUUGGGUACGUCGGUAAAGUAAUUAAAUAUCAUAAUUGUGUAAAUAUUAGGUAACGGUUAAAGGUGUUCAGUAAAAGAAUUAACAGAUA